AUUCACAAUGGCUACCACCCAGACCACCCAGACCCAAAAGACCACUCAAUCCAAGCAAGAGAUCCUCGUUGUUGCCAAGAGCCUUCGGGAAGAGAUUGCCGAGCCCCUUGCCACGCUCAAGUCUGAAAACCCAUCAGCCGAGGACGUGGAAAAGGCUCUCACCUCCAUCCGUGACUCUGUCAAGCACGCCAACGAGGCCGUCCCCACCACGUCCCAAGUCUCCACCUCCUCCUCUACAACGACCUCUACUGGCAACCCUCUUGCCUUUGCCCAGAAUGGUAUCCAAAGCGGUGUCGAUGGUGUCAGCAACUUGAUCGGACAAGGACAGACUGCGGAGCAGUCUGGUUCUAUCGAGGAGGUUGACUCUACUGAGCAGAAGAAUGACGAGAAGGCGGUCGUGAAAGCGGACAAGAAAGCGGACGAGAAAGAGGGCGCGAAGGAAGAUGAGAAAGAGGAGCCCGCCAGCAACGAAGACGUGAACAAGGUGGGCGAGGUUCUGGCUGGUGUCGUGGAGGACGUGAACAAGGCUGUGGAUGGCCUGACGGAUGACCUCAAGAAGCUUCCUAUCGUCGGCGCUCUUAUUGGGGAGAUUGACGAUGGACUCAAGACGCUUCUUUUCGGUGUAGAGAUAGUGCUGAAAGGUGUCUUGCAAGUUGUCCAAGGACUCCUUUCUGGCCUUACUGGUGUUCUUGGAGGCGUGGGCGGUAGUCUUCUGGGAGGUAAGGGCGAUCAAGUCGGAAUCGCAAGGAUCCAGCUGACAAUACACAGGCCUUCUCUAAUCCAAGGCAGUUUGAUACUUUGCCAGCUGUCCUGGACGGACCAUGUGUAGAGUAAUGUAGAAUCUUGUAUAGAACACCUGUCAACUAUAGUCGAAAGAACAAAGAUGUAGCGCAUGUAGCGAUAUGAUGAAUACAGCUGAAAUCAA